AUCUUGUGCAUUUGUGUAUGUGUGUUUAGGAGGACAAGAGUAUACGUUGGGCGUCUAGAUGGGACUACAUUCUGGAGUCGAUGCCUCACACCAACAUCCAGUGGUUCAGCAUCAUGAACUCGUUGGUGAUCGUGUUGUUCCUGUCUGGGAUGGUAGCCAUGAUCAUGCUGAGGACUCUGCAUAAAGAUAUUGCCAGAUACAAUCAGAUGGACUCUGUGGAGGAUGCUCAGGAGGAGUUUGGAUGGAAGUUGGUCCAUGGAGAUGUUUUCCGACCUCCAAGGAAGGGAAUGCUGCUGUCGGUUUUUCUCGGCUCUGGAACCCAGAUCUUCAUCAUGACCUUCAUAACCUUGUUCUUCGCCUGUCUGGGGUUCCUCUCUCCAGCAAACCGAGGCGCUCUGAUGACCUGUGCUGUGGUUCUCUGGGUUCUCCUGGGAACUCCUGCUGGAUAUGUGGCUGCUCGCCUCUACAAAUGUAAGUGAGAGA